CAGCUUAGUGACCUCGCACAAAAAAUGAGGAAGUGGAGACUUCGAGAGGCAGCCUCUGAUCAUUGGUCAAAUAAAGACGAGUCAGGAGAUUACGAAGCACAUGAACUUGUGGAGGAAAUGAUGAUUGCCACCAAUAAGGAAAUAGCUAAAUUUCUCUAUUCACAAUAUAGAAUGAUAACACCUUUGCGGACCCAACUUCCCCCCAAAGAGCACAGAUUAAGUAGCUGGCUCAAACAAUUCGGGAAAUUUAUAAAGUUGUCCUUGUUUCCACACGCCGUUUAUUCUGAUGAAGAACUGCAGAGAAUGACAAAAGAUGAGGGCAUUUCAGAAUUGCCAAAACUCAUGGUGCAAAAGUCCGUGUGGUUUGAUCUUUUUAGUGCUGCAGAAUCACUAGACAAAGUCAAGCUUCGCCAGCUGACUUUCAAUGAGAAGGAUCACUCUCAGUUGGCCAUCGCCAAAAGGCAAUUUGAGUGUAUUAAACAGAAGGCUCGAUACGUCUGCGAAGGAGAUCCAGAUGAAGCGAAGGGGAUGCCUGGCCACUUCUCUCAGAGAAUGGACCUCUAUACACACUUCACGUCACCUAUUCGACGAUACAUUGAUAUAGUGGUACACAGACUCGUCUUGAAUUUGAUAUCUGAGCGUAGCACGGGAGCACCCUCGACGGAUCGAGUUGCUGAGAUCUGUCGUCGUUCCACGUUCGCUAGUGCGAAUUCCAAACUCUUCAAAAAGGCAUGUAAUGAGGUUCACCUGGCAGCAAAACUCAGGGAAAAAAGCCACGAGACAACAGCAGUCGUUUCGACGAUCGAAGAUAGGAAAAUAAGGCUGGAAAUUACAAAACAAGAAUACGAUCAGGUCGCGAAAAGACAGAGAGAAAUCAAACUGAGCACUUUACAACCAUUUAGUGCUAAACAUGGUGGCUCCGAGGAAAUUGUACUUACUUGGAAGCUGAGACUUUACAUUGCUCCGGAGGGAAACAUCACGGAGAAACUUGAUCGUGAAAGAGAAAAGGUUUCCAUCCUUUUAUCUCAGGAAUUGCCAGAACGGGAAGUCUAUUACUUUCCAGGAGAAAGGUGGGAAAAGCUUUUGAAAGCACUUCAACAAGAAAACUUUGAACUCGUUACCUUGCUAAUUAGAGAGAUGGAUAAGCUUACCAGACCCCAAGAACAGAAUAACUUUCACAAUGGUGGAAAACUUGGGUCAAAUAUGGAGCAUACCCAUGAGAAACAGAUUUCUCUGAAGAAAUUUGAUACUGUAAAUAUUCAGCUCACUGCACAUACGACACACGGGGUUUUCCACCCAGAAAUUCAACUCUUCAAGAUUACCCCUGGUGUCCACAUUUGCGUCGAGCACCGCAAAUAUCCAAGGGAAUGUUUUACUAACGCACCAUGCUAUCAAAUCUCUGGGAAGUACUCGACUUUAGCUGAUUACAUCGCAGCCUGGGAACCCGUACUUGAUUUGGAAGCUGCAACAGUGGCUGUGAACGAGAACGAUGAAUUAACCAUACACAAUUUGGAUGUCAGG